AUAAAGAGUUACACACGAUAGAAUCCCAACAAACUAUAUAUCCUCCCCAACACCCAUCACACAAGAAAUCCAUUCGGAUCAAACACCUACCCAUAUCAUACGAACAAAUAUAUCUCCAAUCUAUUUGACACAACCUUCCGUCAUCCCGCGCACUAAACUAUACUACACUAUUCCCGCCCACACACACCUCUCCAACACCUCUCACACGCCUCUCCCGCCCUCCAUCUGCCUGCUUUUCUAUGCUAUCUGCGUCAUCCUGCCAGAACCCUCGCCGCUUCCCAGCUUACAGCGCACAUCGUCACCGCCCCCCCCCACCUUACCUUAUCAUGACUCUCUCUUUCAUCAUCGACCGAAAAAACCAGCCCUUGGCCCCUACCCCAAGCACAAAAAGCACAAAUCCCUUAACCCUGCCGGCCCCCAAGCUUCAUCUAUCUACAACUCAAAACCUUUGACCUUCGAGACAAAACCUACGCACCACCUUCACCAAAACGCCUGAGCUGAUCCCCGGAUAUUUCACCCAAAAGAGCACAGCUUCAUAUCCCAGCGUGCCCGCUGCCGUCCAGACCCUUGUCUCGACCCCGUCAACCCUCAAAACCACCACUUAUUUGGAUAAUACCCUAACCGCCAUCAUGAGCGUUGUUCAGAUCAUCUUACGUGGACUCCAGUUUCUCUGGAUCCUCCUCCUCACAGCCCUCAUUGGUAACGUUCUCGCCGGCAAGACCUCCAACAACGCACCCACCAACUAUGCCAUGUUUACCAUCGUCUUCUGCUGGAUCGUCUGGAUCUACGGCAUGGCCGCCGCCGUCAUCGAAUCCGUCGCCAUCCCCAUCGUUCUGAUCAUCCUCGACGCCUUCGCCACCAUGUUCACCUUCAUCGCAGGCGUCGUCCUAGCGAAGAAGCUCGGUGCGCACAGCUGCAACAACCGCGGCUACCUCGAGACCAGGCCCAUUCUGCGCGACAACGGCUCCACCACCCGCCACUGCCGCGAGCUGCAAGCCAGUUGUGCGUUCUUCUGGUUCCUCUUCGCCUGCUUCAUCGGUUCUAUGGUCAUGGCAGGCCUCAAGGGUGGAUUCGGCGGCAUGAAGCGCGGCGGCGGAGGUGGGGCUCCCGCGAUGUCGCAGGUUCGCUAAGGAAUGAAAAAUUCCGACAACACCCCAGUGAUGUCUAACACGCUGAAGGGAUUUGAUUUGAGAAGGAGGGAGAGAUGUUGUGUAAUUUAAAAGUAUGUGUCGGUGGAUUGGUUGUCUAGUGAGUACGGUCUGUAGAGUUUACACACUACGAUCACUACCAGUUUCGGGGCGUUGCGUUGCUGUGAUUUUUCUUCUGGCUUUAUCUAGGAGAACAUGGGGAAAGUGAGGGGUGUAUGAGUAGUGUAUGGGGGAAGGGUGUUCCGACUAUUUGUUUCUGGAUCUAGCUAGUCGGUUGUGUAGUUGAGCAGCCCCGACUGUGUCAUGAGAUGAACGAUGUAAUUAGAUAAGAUGGGACUGAAUAAGUAGGGUGCCUGAGUAGAUAAUGAAUGGAGUGUUUAAUGUAGAUGUUUCCUAG